UGUUUUACCAGCUGCCGACAGACGGAUGGAGAAGCACCAACGUUUACCACCACCAGUACCAUCAGUACCACCACCACCUCCUCCACCUCUACCUCCGCCCGCUAUACACUUAAUACUCAUCAGCAACACACACGCACUUCCGUAAACGUCGACCCGCCAUGACUCAAUGUUAUCAGAUCCAUCCCAGGUCUGGCUGGCGCCUGCUCACACGCUUCCCAACAUUGGGGUAGUGGUCGUAGUAGUCGUCGUUGCUGGCUGGCUGUACUGCGGGGCGGUGAGUGUCGGCGUCGUACCCCGCGUAGGUGGGCUCCUCCUCCCGUAUACCGAUCCGCCCUGCUUGGGUCCCUCGUGGCUUGCGAGGACCUGCAUACCUUUUUUUCGACAUAUACCACACACGCCUUCACUCACCCGUCUACCUUCAACAAUCAAACAGUCCAUCCUCAGCGAUUGUCUUUGCCGCCUCCGGCCUCUUCUUCGUCUUCUUCUUCCUAUUCAUCCCCACCCUUGCGCACGUGCACGCUCCUCCUUGAGCUCCUCCUCUCUUAUAUAUACAAACAAACCCCCUCCGAGGCUUCAGCUGUCGCCAUCGCACUACCGUCAGCCGGAAUACCAAAGCAGAUAUCGAUCUGCCAGCCAGCCACCUUAAGCGCAAUACCCUAAUUCACGCAUCGAUAUCGAUAUCAAUACUUCCGCCGGCACCACCACCCCACCACACACAAACACACACGAUCAUGCCUGCACCCGGAAACUCCCAAGACCCCGAAGUCAUC